GAGCUACCCAUCUUCCUGGCUUCUGCUGAGGAAGCAGAGGGAGUUCCAGUGAGGGACCUCCAGCACAGCUGAGUGCUAUUCCUGUCCUGAGCAGUGAGAGCAUCCCCUGGACACAGGAGUUUCUGUGCCAUUAGUUGGUCACAGUCAUGGGUCAACUGUUCUCUUCAUCUAAGGAUGUGAGCCACGAAGAUUUGGCCACCAGCUUUAAAGAAUAUUUUAAGAAGUUCAAGGUAGGAAGCAAAAUCAUCUCUCAGGAAACCAUAGCUUCAAUUGAGUUAAGCCUGUCGCAAGGAAACAUGCAGGGGGCAAACUCUUCGAUCACUAAUGCAUUAAAAGAAAUUGAUAGCACCCCACUCAAUGUUGCUGUGACCGGAGAGUCUGGAUCAGGAAAGUCCAGCUUCAUCAAUGCCCUAAGGGGGACUGGGCAUGAAGAGGAAGGUGCAGCUAAAAUAGGUGUGGUGGAAACAACCAUGGAGAGACAUACCUACACCCACCCCAAGAUUCCCAAUGUGGUUUUUUGGGACCUGCCUGGGAUUGGAACCACAAAUUUCCCACCCAAAGAUUAUCUGGAGAAAAUGAAAUUCAAUGAGUAUGAUUUCUUCAUCAUUGUUUCUGCCACACGCUUUAAGAAAAAUGAUAUAGACCUCGCCAAAGCAGUCAGCAUGAUGAAGAAGGACUUCUACUUCGUGAGAACCAAGGUGGACUCUGACUUAAAAAAUGAGAAGGAAUUCAAACCACGAACCUUUGACAGAGAAAAGGUCCUGCAGCAGAUCCGCAGCAGCUGUGUGAAGACCUUUGAGGAGAAUAAAGUUGAAGUACCACCCAUCUUCUUGAUCUCUAGUAAAGUCUUAUCUGACUAUGAUUUCCAAAUCCUGAUGGACAAGAUUAUGAAUGCUCUCCCUGUACACAAACGACACAAUUUUAUGCUCUCAUUGCCUAAUAUUACAGAUGCGGCCAUUGAAAGGAAGCGGCAGCUCCUGAAGCAGAGGAUUUACCUCGAAGCCUUUGCGACUGGCAUACUCAAUAUGAUCCCUUCACUGACCCUCUUAAUGGGCAACGAUGUGGAGAAUCUUAGGAAAAGUAUGAACUAUUAUCGAACUGUCUUUGGAGUGGAUGAUGCAUCCUUGGAGGUUUUGGCUGAGGAAUGGCGAGUGUUGGUGGAUCAGCUCAAGGCAAAGAUGAAAUCUCCUCAUGUGUUUGAAACUACAAAGGAAGAAACAACCAUACAAGAAAGGCUUUCAAGACUUUAUGAGGAGUUCUGUUUGACUAACGGGCACCUAUUUGCUAAGAAUGUUUAUGUUAAAGAAUUGUUUUACCUGAAAUUUUGUUUCCUUGACAUGGUGACAGAUGAUGCUAAUGUUCUCCUUAGAGAGAUAUGUGUAAAAAAUAACUUGGUUUCUGAUUAGGCUAAAAUCUUGUAGCUGUCAAAAAUCAGAAUCAAUGACAGAAAAAAAAACACUGAUAUUGCAAAACAACAUAAUGGGUUGGUUAUUCAGGCCUUCUAAGCUUUAUUCACACUUAGUGAUCAUAUAUCCACAUUAGCUGUAGCAAGGGGAUCAAAUAUGCUUAAAGCUAAAAACAUCUACUCACUUUGAAUAAACGCUAAGAUAUAUGAAUUGCCUUUUUAUCUGAAUUUAUGUCAUAUAAAUCAACACCAAUUUUUAGGUUUAACAUUGUGGUGGGUGGUUUGAUCGGCAGAUUAUAGAAUCACAUGGGAGAUGAACCUCUGGACUUGUACUUGGGAAACUAUUUUGCUUACAUUAGAAUUAGAUUUUUUUCCUGAAAGACAGUGGUAUUUACAGACACUUAUGCUCUCUGGCUUCUGAAUUAUGUUCUAACUGGUCUGGGGUGUGAGGUUUGUGGGAUGAGUUGUCAGAAAUAUCAUUGAGAAUGUUCAACUGUCGUUAUUCACUUACCACAUCAGAAAUAUAGGAUAUGCUAUCCUGGGGUCAUGCUGACUUUCUGUUUCCCUUCUUUAAAAUGGCUAUAUUUGUAGGACGAUGAGCAUCAUUGGUAGAUAUUCUUGGUUGAAAAGUUGACUAUGUCAGGAAUUAACAAAAACUCAAGUGGCUGGGUACAUUAGUGAUGGAUUUUUUUAAUUAACUAAAUCAUUUGAAGUGUGAAGAUCCAAUUUUAACCUAGAUCUCUUGAAGUUGGAAGGUAUGUGUUUAAUCUGGACUACACCUUCUGUUGCCAGCCAAUUUAAAGGAUAUAAAGAAAGUAAAUUUCUUCUAUUCACCUUCUUGCUCUCACUGGCAAGUCUAUCCCUUCUCUGGCAUUAGAGCCUACUUCUUCAGGAUUCCAGUGUAUACAGAAGACCAGCUGAGACAUCCAACUGGAUUCUUGGAACUUGCAUUGGUAGACAGCUUUUGUUGAACUAGCUGGACCACAGCCAGUACGCCUUUCUAACAGUCCUAUUCAAGCUAUAUAUGAGACUUAUAUAAAUAUAGUAAAAUGGAUUGAGUAGAGCAAAUGAAGUUGAUCUAUUAUCUUCUAUUUCAAGUGAUAUAAACUAACCUGGACUUUUUAAAGAACUCUAGGUCUUGAACUUGGUGUAUUUUGAUCUAGUUUCCCUUUUAUUCUUUACAUUCACAAUCAAUGUAUUAGAGACUUUGGUAUUGAAUCUAGAUUGUCUUGAAUUUAUGCCUAGAUCAACGAGAAAUGAGAUUUUUGUCAAUUAAAGAAAACUUUCUUGACUCAUGCUAUGAAUAUUCUUCCUUAUAAAUUAGCACAAGUAGAGCAUAGAGUACAUUUUCUGUUAAUAUUUCUCUUUUAUCUAUAUAUUAUCUGGUAAUUUAACACACAUUAAGAUUAAUGUAUAAAGUUCUUGUCCGAAACUGCUCUGUACACUGAACACAUGAGUCAUCUUACUGGAUCCUAUAUAUCAAUUUUGUCAGAUUCAUAGUUUAAACCUACUAGAGCCAGUAAGAUGAAUCUAUGGGUAAAGAUGCCUACCACUAACUACCACUAAGUCUUACAACCUGAGAUCAAUUCCCAGAACUCACAGGAUAGAAAGAGAGAAUUGACUCCUGAUGGUUUUCAUCUGACCUCCACACAUGUACCACAGCACAUACUUACACAUACACACAAACAUUCACACAUUUAACUUUUUUAAUGUUUUAACCUAAUACUAAAAUAAUUUCAGGCCCAUUUGAUGUCACUUGUGAACUGUACCAAACUAUAUUUACAGAGGAAUAAAAAUCGUAUAAAAAAUUUACCAAAUUAAAGAAUAAUAAAUAAUUACAAAUUCA